AUGGGGAACGCCCUCAUGGAGCAGUGCACGGGCGAAUCCAGCAAACUGGAAGGAUUCAACGGAGAAGCCUCCAACGUGCUCGCCCACCCCACUCCCAAAAUGGAAAGGCCGAAGAUAGACGCUCCUCCGAAAGGGAGAGAGGCUGUUCAGCGACGGCAGGAUCUACCGGGGGCUCUUCAGGAGGGGCAGGAUGGAGGGCAAGGGCAUCAUCAAACUGCCGAAAACACAGUCUACGAGGGUAACUUUCGAGAGGAUAUGCGGAACGGCGUGGGCGUGCUGAGGACUGCCAAGUACGAAUACUUCGGGCCGUAUAAGGAGGACAGGAUGGAGGGCAAGGGGACGGUUAUCUUCAGCGACGGCUCUAAGUUCGAGGGGUGGUUCCAGGGGGACCGGAUCAACGGAUACGGAGAGUGGCACCGCCCCAAUGCGCCAGUGGAGAAGGGGAAUUUCAGUCUGGACUUGCCCAAGUGA